AUGGACGGACGAGGCGAUAGUGAUCCUCUCUCAAGAUUAACGCAGCAGAUGAGCGAAGGUUGGCCAGCGGAAGCCCAUCAGCAUUAUGUGGAUAAAUAUUUACCGUUAUACGAAAAAUAUCGACUAGUUGAUCCAUUCACCAAUGAAGAAGAAUUUGGCUCCACUGUUUUCCCAACUUUCGAUGUUGACAUGGAAAAGCCUGAACUUCAGGUUCACUCUAACAAUGAGGAAAAUACAAUCUUCAUACAGAAGCAAUCUGUUAUCUCCAAAACUUUGCAUCUAAUCAUGCUCAUGAGGAAACUUCACACUUUCUUUGUUACACGAGCUUUUGACGCAGAAGAGCAAGUAUUUAAUGGCCAGCAAAUAUUGAUGGCACUCAAGUGGAGAGAAGAUUUGUUCAGGGAAUGUGCGCAAGUUGUGGCGUUGUUGAACAGCAAUUACUUAGAAGACAGAAAGGUUGCGUCGCUGAGAUUUAAUGGUGCAUUCUCAACCGUUUUCCUUUCAUUCUGGCAAGAUAUUGACUUUGAUCCAACGAUGAGAACCCUAUCAAUAGCACAGUUGUCUCAACAUGGACUGAAAUCGCUUGCAAAACAGCUCUGGCGGUUGGCACCAAAUUCGGUGCUGUUAACACAAUUUAUAAGGAAAGAACUUGGUGAUCUAUGCUCUUCUGUGACGCACUGGUGUUCUCACGAUUUACAGUGCGAGGGAUGGAAACGAGUUGUGGAGGUAGCUAUACAAGCAAUGAUAAACGCGUUGCCUCCUCUUGAAACACUUGAUCCUGUGGUUUACAAUGAGCAGAGAAUCAGCUAUCGAACUAUGGUCUUCAAUGCGGUCAAUGAUCCUCUGUCG